AUGGCUGCUCUUUUCAAAAUUAACUUUCUUACCAUCCACUAUGCCUACUUUAUUCUCGUAUCCAUGAUCGGCAGUGUCAUAAUUUAUACAACAUCAAAGAUCCAUAGUCUCCACUAUGUUGACGCGUUGUUCAUAAGUGUCAGUACCAUUACUGGAACUGGAUUGAACGUGGUGGAUUUAUCGACAUUGAAUGUUUUCCAGCAGGUCACUCUAUUUGCCCUUCUGCUGCUGGGACACGCUAUCCCUAUAUCCGGCAUUAUUUUGUUUUUUCGGAGUCGGAUGUUUCGAUCGAUCCUGCUAGACAACGCAAGGGGUCGUACGGGCCGUCAGUCCGCAUAUAAAAUAUCAGCUCUCGCGGUAAAAACCGAGAGAAAGUCAGAGGAAAAAGAGUAUGCCAUAUUUACUACAUAUGGAAGUAAAAACUUCUGUGACAAAUCAGUUUCGAAGAUUACCAGCGAAGUGAAAGAAGUCUUUCAGGUUCAAACCCUUCAAGAUGAACCAAUUUCAUUUUUAGCAGAUGAAGUGAUUGCUACCAUUGAUCCAAGACCUACAAUCGAAAAAUACCACCAAAAUCAGCUGAAAUAUUCCAUCAAGAUUGAUGAGAAACAUCAAAACGCAAGAGCUUACCUUUCUAGCUUUGCGACUAGAUUGAAAAGCUUUAUGCAGCAUCUGUCAGAGCGUGUUCAAUCAAGACGCUCAAUUGAUUGCAGUGAUCCAUGUGGAUUAGAAUACAAGGCGAUCACGUUUUUAUCUAUACUUGUUCUGCUAUACUUCACCACAAUCCUUCUUCUCGGUAUCGUGAGUAUCGGGUGUUGGCUGAAAUUCCACCGCCCAGAUAUUGCACUCGCAGACGAAGUUUCUCCAUUUUGGGCUGGUACUUUUCUGGCUACAUCAGCGUUUGUGAGCUGUGGCAUGUCUCUUAUUAGUGAUAACAUGGUUCCUUUUCAACGAGAGCCCUACGUACUCCUUGUGAUUGGGUUUAUAGUUCUUGCUGGAAACACUCUUUAUCCAUGUAUUCUUCGAUUAUCCAUCUGGUCUAUGAGAAAGAUGAUGCCUAGCAAUGCGACUUGGGAUUCGUGGCGACGGACUCUAGAUUUCACGCUCGCCCAUUCUCAAAUAGUUUACUCGUAUUUGUUUCCUUCUUGGCAUACCUGGUUCUUGUUUGGUUCCGUGUUCAUACUCAAUUCUGUGAUGUGGGGUGGUUUUGAGAUAUUGACCAUAGGGGAACCUGCAGAAAUCCAGUCACUCCCAAGUCGGUACCGAGCAUUGGAUGGACUCUUCCAGGCUCUGGCUGUCCGUGGUGGAGGAUUCAAUGUCGUGUCUUUCGACAAACUCCCACAGGGAUUACUGAUUUUAUAUCUUCUUAUGAUGUAUAUUUCUGCUUUUCCCGUCUCAGUAGUGAUUCGUAAAUCAGGAAUUAUUCCCAUGCAAUCUUUAGAUUCCAUCUCCCAAAAAGGCGAAGAAUCCGGCAUAUCAUUCCGGGGUGUGAACCUUUUGGGCCCUUCAAAACUUGCUCGCAGCCGCUUUGUAUACGAGCAAGUUCGUUUGCAAAUGAGCAAUGAUCUCUGGUGGCUUUCUUGCGUGAUUAUCUUAAUCACAGUGGUCGAGUCAGGUCACUUCCAGUCACAGCCUCUGGCUUUUUCUACCUUCAACAUCAUUUUUGAAGUGGUUUCUGCGUAUAGUUGUGUCGGUGUGAGUAUUGGAUAUCCUGGAAAGAGUUACGCUUUUUGUGGCGAAUGGCACACGAUCAGCAAGCUCCUGCUUGCCGUGGUUACUUUAAAGGGGAGACACCGUGGCUUGCCUGUUCCUGUCGAGAUUGCCACCUUACUUUCUGGGUCUUGGGGGUGGUCUGAGAAUAGUGAAAUGGAGAUGGAGGAGAAAUCAGACGAGGAGAAGGAAGCUCCCAAAUAG